AUGCGUGGUCCUCGUCUUUCCCUAUCAGAAGAGUUCAGAGAUACCUGGGAUAAGGAGAAUAAAGAUCCAGUAACUCAUGAAUUCUCUCCCAGAACGCGUCGUACAAGAAUUGAAGUAGCUUUACAAGAUCUGCCUCUUUUACCUAGUUCUGGCAAAGGUACGCGGGUUAACUCUAAUUGGCUGGAUGAUCUACUGAACGUAUAG